AUGGAGACCCUACAAGGGAAGUGGACUAGUGCCGAAAAUUACGCGAAAGGUGUAACAACCGAGGCUGAGCGUUUCGCCCUGCUUCAAGAGUUUGCUGACCAUUGGGACAGCAUUAGAGCGGACGAAGCACUCAUCAACGCGAAAGCACUAGUCAGGUCGAUAGAAGAACAGUUACGAGACCUUACCAAAACCCCGGUCACUCCCUUGAAGGUAGUCGACGUCUCCGAUAGUUCAGCUUCUAGUUCAGAACUGUUGGUUCACGUGCCUAAGUUGGAGCUUCCGGACUUCUAUGGAGAGCCCAGCGCCUUUCCUGAGUUUUGGGAACUCUAUCUAGCCGCGAUACAUAACAAUCCUAGUAUUCCAGCCGCGGUAAAGUUCCUACACCUUAAGAGCAAACUCAAGGGAAAAGCAAAAGACCUAAUCGCCUCCAUAGAACUGUCCCCUAACAACUACUUGGAAGCAUCAACCUACUCCAUAGCACGUUACAAUCGGCCUGACCAGUUGGAGGCCCUAAGUCCAGCGUCCGAGUCGCCUAUUGCACAACGUACCACCUUGUGCAAAAUCAAAGCGAUAUGGAUGCAAUUGAGAAAUCUUAAAGAACAGCCAGGAGCCACUGGGACGAUGCGGAUCAUUCGAGCCAAAUUUCCCCACUCUACAAGACAGAGAGUUGGAGAAAUGAGGCAACGAGACGAUCAUUGGACGGUGGAAGAACUACUUCAGGCUUUCGACCGAGUAAUCGAUCGACUUGAAGUAAUGGAAGACACCGACCCAAUGACGGAAGUGACAUCACAUACGUCCGCAGUGUAUACUCCUAAUUCAAACAGUUCGUAUUCCCCCAGGAGAACUCAACGACACAGGCCAACCAACAGACAUAGUUCAGCUUCGAGUCCUCACAGACACAGAUCCCCGCAGAGGAAAGAUCAUAGUUUAAACGAAUCCCGCUGCGUGUUCUGUGUCCUGAAAGGACAUAGUCCCACACAGUGCAGAGAAGUUGCGACAGCACACGCCAGAAGAACAUUGGCAGCAGAACUACAACUCUGCUGGAAAUGUUUGAAUCAUGGACAUCAAAGCGGAGAUUGCAACGCACCUUCCUGCUACAUGUGUGGAAGUGGACAUCACAGCGCCCUCUGCUACAGAAGAAAUACGUAUCGAAGUCCAAACAGGUCCAAUAGUCCAGCACGUAACCGCUUCGGUAGCACAGAGCGCUAUGAUUCCAACUACUACAGAUCUAGUUCAGGAGAUAGAUCCAGAAGGAUCUCUCGCUCACCUAGUCCAGCUCGUAGGGGUAGGUCCCCAGUCGUGCGUCAGAACACGACCCGUAGAAGUUCACCCCACCCAAGGGUAGACUUCAAGACCUCACCUGCCACUCAUACUUACUCUAGUCCAGCGUGGAUGCAUCAAAACAUCCAAGAUGCAGAUUAUUCCACAGACGGACUCUGA